AUGAAUUUAGGAACAUGGAACGUACAAGGCCUCUCCACCAAAAUCAAUGAAGUUCUACGAGAAAUAAGACAACUAAAUAUGGAUAUAGUGGUGCUAACGGAAACAAAGAAGAAAGGACAAGGUUCAGAAAAUCAUUAUGAUCACUUCUAUUCGGGAAUAUCUAAGGACAAACGAGCUCAGAAAGGAGUAUCUAUAUUAAUUAAGAAAAGUUUAAGAAAAUACGUGUCAUCGUGGGAAGCAGUCAAUCAACGAAUUAUCAAAAUAAAUAUAGCUAUUUGCGGAAACAAAACGACAGUCAUAGGAACAUAUGGGGUAAAUGAAGACGACACAGUAAAUAACAAAGAUGACUAUUUUGAAUGUUUGUCCGAAGAAAUUUCUAAAGUAGGCACCUCAAGAGAGGUAAUUAUCCUAGGAGACCUAAAUGCAAGAACAGGCAAGAAAAUAGACGAUCAGAUAGUAGGAAGAUUCGGGGAAGAAGUAACAAAUGAUAAUGGAAACAGACUUAUUACAUUAUGGCCAACAAAAUACAUUAAAAAUACUGAAUGGCUUCUUCCAACACAAAAUGAUACAUAA